AAGAGAUAAGCGGAAGCGGGACGUACUGGAAACCCAAAAAUCAGCGACUAGAAUUUCCCGGCCCGAAACAGUAAGGUCUCUCUCCUCCUCGUCUUCGGCUGCUGCGGCGGCGGCGGCGAUGCUGUCCGGCGACGUUCCCCCGAACCAGACCGUCUACUUCAGGAACCUCAACGAGAAGGUCAAGAAAGAAGAGUUGAAGAGAUCACUUUAUGCAUUGUGCUCUCAGUAUGGAAGGAUAGUGGAUGUUGUGGCCUUGAAAACUCAUAAACUCAGGGGGCAAGCCUGGGUGGCAUUCAGUGAAAUUACAGCGGCUACCAAUGCUUUCCGGGGCCUACAGGACUUUGAUUUUUACGGCAAAAAAAUGCGGGUACAAUAUGCAAAAACAAAGUCUGACUGUUUUGCAAAAGCAGAUGGGUCUUAUGCUCCUAAAGAGAAAAGGAAGAAGCAAGAGGAGAAAGCUGCUGAGAAAAAACGGCGAACUGAAGAUGGACAACAACCUGGUGCUAAUGCUCCUGUUGCCCCAAGCAAUGGAACUGGUCAUCAACCUUCUCGUUUUGCCAAGCCUCCGCAAGAGCCAGCUGCUCCGCCGAACAACAUCCUCUUCCUCCAGAACAUGCCGGAUCAGACCACAAGCAUGAUGCUCCAGAUCCUGUUCCAGCAAUACCCUGGUUUCCGGGAGGUGCGGAUGAUCGAAGCCAAGCCAGGCAUUGCUUUUGUGGAGUACGAGGACGAGAACCAGUCCAUGGUUGCAAUGGAAGCCCUCCAGGGUUUCAAGAUCAGCCCAGAGAACCCAAUGGCCAUCUCAUACGCCAAAAAGUGAAACAAAUCCAUGUGAUCUCGGAACCGGCCAAAAGAAAUCUGUAACUGUAAGAUUUUCAACCCUAAGCUUUCAAGCUGCUGUGCUGUGCUUGUGCUGGCUUUCUAACCCUGUAUUUCUUGGAAGUGACUUACUUGUUGUUUAAGAAGUUAAAAGUAUCUGUUACUUUAAAUCAGGUUUGGCUCUA